AUACAAAAUCGCACAUGCGACCACACUCCCUCGGUUCUCUCUCUAUUGCAUGCUUUAGCAGACUGCAAGUGAAGAGGAGAGGGGUGGGUAACAUUACGACAAGCAAGAGACUGAAUCGCGCUGAAUGAAAAUAAACCUUUAUGACGGUAGAGAGUAAAUGCGGUAGAAGCGGCUUUCUGAACUUCCUGACCAGUCGCCUACGUCAGGAGUGUUUCGUUUGGUCCCGGCGUUUUAUCCUCAGCGUGGGUUCGAGCAUUGACUAAACAGCCCAGUGUUGGGCUGCUGAAUGUAUGCCAAAGGUCAUGAACAAAAGCGCAGUUACUGAUGACAUGGAGUUGCAACAUGACCCGGAUGUGCAGUUUAAACUGGCUUAUUCAGAUUCUGAAAGAAUCGACCCGGACCUCAAAACCCGAUCGAGGGGGCAGUGGUCCAAUAAAGUGGAAUUUAUAUUAGCUGUAGCAGGACAGAUCAUUGGUUUGGGAAACGUGUGGAGGUUUCCGUAUCUGUGUUACAAGAAUGGAGGAGGAGUGUUUUUUAUUCCAUAUGUGGUUUUUCUGUUCGCCUGUGGCAUUCCUCUGUUUCUCCUGGAGACCGCACUGGGUCAGUACACUAGUCAAGGGUCUAUCACCUGCUGGAGGAAGAUCUGCCCACUGUUUGAAGGUCUGGGUUAUGGAAAUCAGGUGGUCGUCUUAUAUUCCAGUAUCUACUAUAUCGUUAUUCUGGCCUGGGCUUUCUUCUAUCUUUUUUCCUCUUUUAGUGGUGAACUACCUUGGGCCAGCUGCAAGAACUGGUGGAAUUCAGAUACCUGUGUCGAGUUUGACCGAAUGGCGGACGCAAAAAAUGUAAGCUUUGCAGAGAAUGCAACAUCACCUGUUAAAGAAUUUUGGGAGAGGCGGGUAUUGAAUUUAACGGGAAGUAUGAAUGACCUGGGCAGCAUGAGGUGGGAACUUGCCCUAUGUCUCCUGUUGGCCUGGAUCAUCUGUUACUUCUGUGUGUGGAAGGGAGUGAAGUCCACAGGCAAGGUUGUGUAUUUCACCGCUACUUUUCCAUAUUUAAUGCUGCUGGUACUUCUGAUUCGAGGUCUUACGCUGCCUGGGGCCAUAGAUGGCGUCAUCUUCUACCUCUACCCUAAUCCAACACGCCUCGCUGAUCCGCAGGUGUGGAUGGAUGCUGGAACACAGAUCUUUUAUUCCUAUGCUCUUUGCAUUGGGUGUCUUACAGCUUUGGGAAGCUACAAUAAGUUUAACAACAACUGCUACAAAGAUUGCGUGUAUCUGUGCCUGUUGAACAGUGGAACAAGUUUUGUGGCUGGCUUUGCCAUCUUUUCAGUUUUGGGUUUUAUGGCGUUCGAGCAGGGGGUUGAUAUUUCAAUGGUGGCGGAGUCAGGUCCUGGUCUGGCCUUCAUCGCAUACCCGAGAGCUGUAGCGAUGAUGCCCGUGCCACAGCUGUGGUCUGUAUGUUUCUUCAUCAUGAUUAUUCUGCUGGGGCUUGACAGCGAGUUUGUGGGUCUGGAGGCUCUCAUGACAGCCAUUACAGACAUGUAUCCAACAUUCUUCCUUCAAGGACACCGUCGGAAACUCUUUCUUCUCCUCAUUUGUUUGUGCAGCUUCCUCAUUGGCCUUUUAAUGGUGACAGAGGGCGGCCUGUAUAUCUUCCAGUUAUUUGAUUAUUAUGCCUGUAGUGGAAUGACACUCCUGCUAUUUGCCAUUGUACAGUCUAUAUGUAUUGGCUGGUUUUAUGGCGCUGAUCGUCUGUAUGAAAACAUUGUAGACAUGAUUGGCUAUCGUCCUUUGUCUCUCAUGAAAUACUGCUGGAAGUACAUCACUCCUAUUGUGUGUAUAGCCACAUUCAUUUUCUCUCUAGUUAAAUUCACUCCUUUAAAGUUUAACAACUCAUUUGAAUACCCAUGGUGGGGCUUCGCUGCCGGCUUGUGGUUCACCCUCUCCUCAACCUUGCUGGUUCCCUUAUGGAUGAUCUAUGUUAUCCUCAUUACUCCUGGUACACUGAAACAGAGAAUGAAAACCCUCUGCACUCCAUCCAAUGACCUGCUUUUGAUAUCAGAAAGGCAAAAGGAAAGCCUAUGACCUCCUCAUGAAGUACAACAUGUACAUUAAGUCCUGAUAGAGACACAUUACAAAAAAGCAUCCUUGGACUGUAACAGGACAACUGUAGAUAUGGUCAGUGCCUUUUAAGAUAUACGUUCACGUGGGAUUCCAAGAAGGCAACACAAACUGUUAACUACUGACUAUACUUUAUAAACAGUAUUUACUGUAAUAUACUGAGGUGGGGAUUCACUAAUAAUUAAUUGUGCCUACUGAUGGUUCAGUUUAUUUGCACAGUUUAAUAGCUGAUAUGCUAAAAGAAUCCUGUAAAUCUGGAAAAGACACAAACACAUCCAAAAAUCUGGGCUAAAAGUUGUUGGCACGGUUUCCCUAAAGCUAUUCUAUUGGCCUUGUUCAUUGACAAUUGGUUUUGGCUGGACACCUUUAGUGUGAAUUCUGUACGGAUAUGCCAACGACAAAAAACACUAAUAAUGUCGAUAAAAAAAUCUUUAUUCGUUCUCCCACUUUCGACAGAUUUUGUUUUUAAAAGUAAUUGAGACUUUGCAUUGCACUUCUCAUAUUAUUGCCUCUCUAAGAUUAAUCGCAUUAUAAGUUGCUUUGAAUAAAAGCAUCUGCCAAAUGUAAAUUAUUUUACAUUUUAUGUUGAAUAUAACUGAAGCAAUAGGUUGUAAAAUUAAAUAAUACCCAUUAUUUUGUUAGCCUAUGUUUUAAAGCCAACCAUUAUUUAGGCUAGCUUAUCAUGUACACUUAAGCAAAUCCCUUACUUCACACUUACAGGCAGCAUUACCUAAUGCAGGAGUCCUAAAGUGAACAAAUUUGACUGGUCCGAGUACGGGGUCAUGGAGGACACCGUUGCCACAACCUAUACAGCAUCAAUUUAGCACUGCAACUUGAAUUGCCACUUUAGAAAAAUGGAAGUCUGAUUAUAUCCAUUGUUCUACAUUGUAAUUUAAUCUUUUCAUGAUCGCUUGAAAAUGUACACAAAUAUUUGUUUAAAAAAAAUAUAUCACUUGCAUUUUAUGUGAAAACUGCAGAUAGCACUGGGUUUUGCGAAUAAGUCUCAACCUUCGUGAUAAGAUAUAACUUUAGUGACCCUUAUUUACAGAGGAAAAAUUAAAGUUGCGCUACAAAGAAAUUAAUUACUUGUAUAACUAUAUAUACAUAUGGUUUUAGUUAUCAGAACACUAAAAGUAGCACAUUAUAAAAGCCAUCAAGUACAAUUGUCAAGUAAAAAAUAUAUAAGCACAAUUUCCAUUGAACUGUAUCUAGAUACAUCUGUUGUCCUUGUACUUUUACAGCAUCAUGAACUUUCUGUAUUAUAAACAGCUGUACAAAAUAAGAUAGCAGUGGGCACAGCUGAUACUAAAAAACAUCACAAUAAUAAUAAUAAUAAUAAAGGGGACCAGUGACAUUUUGCACGGACCAGUGUUUAUUAACUGAAAGUAACAGAUAUUAUCAAAAGCUUUCUAAUCUUAUACUAACUGUAUAGAGUCUGCAUGAAAUGGUUAAAUGAUAAGUACAAGGUACGCUCUGCUAUUUAAAUCAAGUCGAGAAACUUAUUUGUAUAGCAUUUUUUUUACAAUGAGCAUUAUUUUGAAACAGUUUUACAGAAAAUCAUAUAAUAUUAAUAAUAAGCAUAAUUCAAAUCACCGUUCCCAAACAAGGAACAUACAGUAAAAGUUUUUAAAAAUAUUCAAGAUUGUUAUGUCAAUCAACCUUUGCUCUGCUGUGCCUAUAGGCAAUUACAUGUGUUUAAGCAAUGUUGAUUGUGUCGUGUUUUAAUGUUACAAAUAUGUUGUUAAAUCAUAGAACUGUUAAAUAGAAUUAUAUUUUGGUCCUUAAAUGUACAGAUUGUUUAUUUUUUUAGUAAAGUUUAAGGAAAUAUUUGUAGGGUAUUUAAACUUAAAUGUACAUAUUUACAUAUAAUGAACUGAUUCACUAGAAGGCCAAUGUUUGACAAUGUGCCAUGAAAUUUUAAUAAACACUUUUCAAAUUAACAA